AUGAUUCCCACAGUGCCCUCUUUCAUAAUUCGGCGUGCGAUAAAGAAAGAAUCAGCUCGAGACCUGAACGGAAUGCAAGAAGUGGCAUUGACUGGAAAAAUAAUCCGAAGAACCAAAAAUAGUUCAGUUCUUUUCGACUCCUUCUCGGGAAUACGCAUACAGACAAACAGUGCAGUCUUGCAGGGGGAAAUAGACAAGAGCAUUUUUGAGAAUUACCCGGUGCACGUGCUGUGCACUCUGGAGCGGAUUCCAAAGCUUGCCCUGCAUGUAAAGUCUGUCAGGAGGUGCUCUUUUCACGAGGAAAUGUACAACACGCUCGAGGGAAUUGAGUAUUGGAAAAAGGUUCAGUCACAAAAACAACCAAAGUAA